AAGGCCCGAAAGCUUGGUAAUAAAAUAACUUAUUGGUUGAUGAAACAAGAUCAAUGAUAUGCCUAAACCAACCAACCAACAAAUAUUUGAUACGUUAUAAGUUGUUGCCCAUGACUUAUUCAUUUAUACAAUGCAAAUACAAACCCAAGUAUGUGUCCAAAUGAGUUUUAAAGUUUACAUAAAGCAGAAAAGUUAGCGAGAAUUGGACAGCAUUUCUAAGUAGAACUCUGACUUAUGAACUCUGAGUAGCGAAUAUAAUUCUAUCGUCUAUUACUUGUAUUUGUAGGUUCUAUUCUUAGUCGUCAGUAGGGUUGAUAAGGAGAAAUUUCGAAGAGAUUCAUGAAUUCAUAUUGAACUGCCAAGCUAUUAUUGCUUCUAUUUUUCAAAUAAAAUAAAAUCGCUUCCUAGGCACUUUAAAGAUGCAUGUGUUCAAGAGGAAAUGAGUAUGAUAAGUUGUCAGCUUUAGGGAGGUCAUGAUCACAGUAAUUUCAUAUCUGAGUGUUGCAGAGUGUCUUAAAAUCGCAUCUGCCGACCACAAAGAUGAGAAAAUAACAGAAAAAAGUGUUAAGAGAAGAGAAUAUAGAAGAGGAUGAGGAUGCGUUGAGGGUAAAGAAAAACGAUGAUAAAUCGUGAGUUUCUGGUAAAUCGACACAKUUGCUUGCGAUUUAAUUAUGACCCUAUUCAAUAUUGAUGAGCUUUAGAAAUGAACAAGUUCAAAACUAGUUGUUUCAGUGACAGGGAAAUAAUUAAUCUUCGUCACUUAAGAUGAAUUUGAGAAUAAACGAACCCAUAGAUUAUCAACUGUUGAUCACKUUUAAAAAUUAAAAUUUUGAUGACGAAAUAAAAAUUCAAAUGAAAGCAAGUCAGUUGAAACGAUCUGCAUGUAACACUUACGAUUUCCUUUGAGAAUUGUCAUCAUUAUGAACAAUUCUUUUCAAUCCUUCUGGGAUAUAGGAAAUAACACAUUGAAAAAUGCACCUGCCGCUGCGGUAACUUUCUGUAAUUUUCCUUUUAUUCAAGGAACAAUCUUCGUUGUCAUCAAUAUUUUCCUAGCCAUUGCUGGAACAUUUGGUAAUAUUUUGAUCAUUGCUGCGAUCUUAGACACCCCUCAACUUCGUCGAAAAGUGUCCAACUUCCUUCUUUUGAGUUUAGCAUUUGCCGAUUUAUUAGUGACCAUUGGUGCACAACCAGUGUUUGUCAUUUCACUGUCCUUGAGAACUUUCACACAUCAGUGCAGUGAAGAAGUUGAGUUAUUGUAUGCUGUUGUUGCUGUCCUGGGAUGGAUCUCAGUUUUCCAUUUGGCAGUCAUCAGCAUCGAUCGAGCCAUUUCCACAACAAGACCUCAUCAAUAUCAUAACAUCAUUAAGAGRUGGUGGAAGAAGAUGCUGUUUAUUUGCUGGGGAUUGGGAAUGAUAUUGAGCUGCUUGGUAAUUCCAKUUCCUAUAAUAAACAUUACAGUUGCGAUACUACUUUUUGUUAGCUUCCUUAUUAUUAUAAUGGCUUACUCGGUAAUUCUACACAAGAUCAAAUUCCCUACCCCAAUACAAGUGUCAUCAAUGUCAUCAUCGACUUCAGUACAAAGCGCUAUGGAAAGAAGAGUUUCUGGAACUAUCGCAAUUGUCAUCCUGUUGUUUGCUAUAUGUUGGAUUCCUUUCCUGGUAAUUCUUACAAUGUUUGGUCUUAAUACCACCAAUAUACCAGUAAAAUACUGGUGGAGCCGUACUCUCUACCUAGCAAAUUCCUCAAUGAAUUUUAUUGUUUACAGUCUACGAAUUCGACAUUUCCGAGUCGCUUAUGCGAGGAUUAUCCACAGAAUUGCUGAUAGAAUUAGGGAAUUACUUGGGAACUGACUAGAAAAAAUAAGGUAUAAAAUGUAACCACCGCCGUCGUGAAUUCCUUUAUUGGCAAAGCUACAGACAUSGUGCAGGAUUUUAUAAAGUUAUAAAAACAACGAUACUUGGAAUUUUGAACCAAUCAAAUCAAAGAAUCAUUCCUUUCCAAGCACUGUCUUCGAUUUUCAGUACUAUGUAAAAAAUCGAAGCAGAUUUUUAUCAAGGAUAAUGAUCAUGCGSGAAGGUUAAUUUACAUGACAGCRCAUUGUCACACAUUGAAUAAACGUGUCAAUCAAUCAA